CGCGCGCGCGCUGCCGUCGGCGCGUCCCCCGCGCGCGCUCCGCGUCACCGCUCACGGGCCUGGCGCGCGGCGGCCGCGGCCGGACGGACACUCGGACCCGGCCGGACACUCGGACGCGGCCCCCGCUCCUCUCCCUUCUCCCGCCCGUUGGCUCCGGGGCCGCCCGGCGGUGCCGGCCCGAGCGCGGCGGCGGCGGCGGCGGCGGCGGGUUCGUUUUUUUUGUGUGUGGGGGGGGCGCGCGGCCUGGUGCGCGCGGCGGAUCCCGCCGCUCGCGUAGCGCGGCCGCCCGGCGCUCGCUGAGGGGGAGGCCCGGGGCCGCUCUGUGUGGGGUGCGGGGGGCGCAGAGACCUCCCUGCCGAGCAGAAACGCCGCCGCCAUGAGCGUGGAGGCGUACGGCCCCAGCUCGCAGACCCUCACCUUCCUGGACACCGAGGAGGCCGAGCUGCUCGGCGCGGACACGCAGGGCUCCGAGUUCGAGUUCACCGACUUCACCCUCCCCAGCCAGACGCAGACCCCGCCCGGGCCGGGCCAGGCGGGGCCGCCGCAGGGCCAGGGCCCCCCCGGAGCGGGGCAGGGAGCUCCGGGCCCGCUGGAAGCGCAGGUGAAUGGUCCUGAUGGGAUCCUGCAGAAUGGAGCUGUGGAUGAGAACGUGGCCAAGACCAGCCAGCUCCUGGCAGAGCUCAACUUUGAGGAGGAUGAGGAGGACACUUACUACACCAAGGACCUGCCUGUGCACGCCUGCAGUUACUGUGGGAUCCAUGACCCUGCCUGUGUGGUUUACUGCAACACCAGCAAGAAAUGGUUCUGCAACGGGCGUGGGAACACCUCUGGCAGCCACAUUGUGAAUCACCUGGUGAGAGCCAAGUGCAAGGAGGUGACCCUGCACAAGGACGGGCCCCUGGGAGAGACGGUCCUGGAGUGCUACAACUGCGGCUGCCGCAACGUCUUCCUGCUGGGCUUCAUCCCUGCCAAGGCUGACUCCGUGGUGGUGCUGCUGUGCAGGCAGCCAUGUGCCAGCCAGAGCAGCUUGAAGGACAUCAACUGGGACAGUUCCCAGUGGCAGCCCCUGAUCCAGGACCGCUGCUUCCUCUCGUGGCUGGUGAAGAUUCCCUCGGAGCAGGAGCAGCUCCGCGCCCGCCAGAUCACAGCCCAGCAGAUCAACAAGCUGGAGGAGCUCUGGAAGGAAAAUCCAUCUGCAACCCUCGAGGACUUGGAAAAACCUGGUGUUGAUGAGGAACCCCAGCAUGUCCUGCUUAGAUAUGAAGAUGCUUAUCAAUACCAAAAUAUCUUUGGUCCUCUGGUCAAGCUUGAGGCAGAUUAUGACAAAAAACUCAAGGAAUCUCAGACCCAAGAUAACAUCACAGUCAGGUGGGACCUGGGCUUGAACAAGAAGAGAAUUGCUUAUUUCACUUUGCCAAAGACUGAUUCAGACAUGCGCCUCAUGCAGGGAGAUGAGAUCUGCCUGAGGUACAAGGGAGACCUGGCCCCUCUCUGGAAAGGAAUUGGGCACGUGAUCAAAGUUCCUGACAGUUCUACAGAUUAUGGUGAUGAAAUCGCCAUCGAGCUGAGGAGCAGCGUGGGAGCCCCUGUGGAGGUCACCCACAACUUCCAGGUGGAUUUUGUGUGGAAAUCCACUUCCUUUGACAGGAUGCAGAGUGCUCUGAAAACAUUUGCAGUGGAUGAGACCUCAGUGUCUGGGUACAUUUACCACAAACUGCUGGGGCAUGAGGUGGAAGAUGUCAUCAUCAAAUGCCAGCUGCCAAAACGCUUCACAGCCCAGGGCCUCCCUGACCUCAACCACUCUCAGGUUUAUGCUGUCAAGACCGUCCUGCAGCGUCCUCUGAGCCUUAUCCAGGGUCCCCCUGGCACUGGGAAAACAGUGACAUCAGCCACCAUCGUGUAUCACCUGGCCAGGCAGGGCAAUGGGCCUGUGCUGGUGUGUGCCCCCAGCAACAUCGCCGUGGAUCAGCUGACAGAGAAGAUCCACCAGACCGGCCUCAAGGUGGUUCGUCUGUGUGCCAAGAGCCGCGAGGCCAUCGACUCCCCCGUGUCCUUCCUGGCCCUGCACAACCAGAUCAGGAACAUGGACAGCAUGCCAGAGCUUCAGAAGCUACAGCAGCUCAAGGAUGAGACUGGAGAACUUUCCUCUGCUGAUGAGAAGAGAUACCGGGCACUGAAGCGCACGGCGGAGCGGGAGCUGCUCAUGAAUGCAGAUGUGAUCUGCUGUACCUGUGUGGGUGCUGGGGAUCCCCGCCUGGCCAAGAUGCAGUUCCGCUCCAUCCUCAUCGACGAGAGCACGCAGGCCACCGAGCCCGAGUGCAUGGUGCCCGUGGUGCUGGGGGCCAAGCAGCUGAUCCUGGUGGGUGACCACUGCCAGCUGGGGCCCGUGGUGAUGUGCAAGAAGGCGGCCAAGGCGGGGCUGUCGCAGUCGCUGUUCGAGCGCCUGGUGGUGCUGGGCAUCCGGCCCAUCCGGCUGCAGGUGCAGUACCGCAUGCACCCCGCCCUCAGCGCCUUCCCCUCCAACAUCUUCUACGAGGGCUCGCUGCAGAACGGCGUCACUGCAGCUGACAGGGUGAAGAAAGGCUUUGAUUUCCAGUGGCCCCAGCCUGACAAACCCAUGUUCUUCUACGUGACCCAGGGCCAGGAGGAGAUUGCCAGCUCAGGCACCUCCUACCUCAACAGGACUGAAGCUGCCAACGUGGAGAAGAUCACCACCAAGCUGCUGAAGGCUGGGGCCAAGCCCGACCAGAUCGGCAUCAUCACCCCCUACGAGGGCCAGCGCUCCUACCUGGUGCAGUACAUGCAGUUCAGUGGCUCCCUGCACACCAAGCUCUACCAGGAGGUGGAAAUUGCCAGUGUGGAUGCCUUCCAGGGCAGGGAGAAGGAUUUCAUCAUCCUGUCCUGUGUGAGGGCCAACGAGCACCAGGGCAUUGGCUUCCUCAACGACCCCAGGAGGCUGAACGUGGCCCUGACCAGAGCCAGGUAUGGGGUGAUCAUUGUGGGGAACCCCAAAGCCCUGUCCAAGCAGCCCCUCUGGAAUCACCUCCUGAAUUACUACAAGGAGCAGAAGGUGCUGGUGGAGGGACCCCUGAACAACCUGAGGGAGAGCCUGAUGCAGUUCAGCAAACCCCGCAAGCUGGUGAACACCAUCAACCCUGGAGCCAGGUUCAUGACCACGGCCAUGUACGACGCGCGCGAGGCCAUCAUCCCCGGCUCCGUCUACGACCGCAGCAGCCAAGGCCGCCCAUCCAACAUGUACUUCCAGACCCACGACCAGAUCGGGAUGAUCAGCGCCGGGCCCAGCCACGUCACCGCCAUGAACAUCCCCAUCCCCUUCAACCUGGUCAUGCCCCCCAUGCCCCCCCCGGGCUACUUCGGCCAGGCCAACGGCCCAGCUGCAGGCCGUGGGGCUCCCAAAGGCAAAGCCGGGCGCGGCGGGCGGCAGAAAAACCGAUUUGGGAUCCCUGGCAGCAGCCAGGCCAACCUGCCCAACAGCCAGGCCAGCCAGGACGUGGUGUCCCAGCCCUUCUCCCAGGGCCCCCUGACACAGGGCUACAUCUCCAUGAGCCAGCCCUCCCAGAUGAGCCAGCCUGGGCUCUCCCAGCCAGAAUUAUCCCAGGACAGUUACCUUGGUGAUGAGUUUAAAUCCCAGAUUGACGUGGCGCUGUCACAGGACUCAACUUACCAGGGGGAACGAGCUUAUCAACAUGGUGGAGUGACGGGGCUGUCACAGUAUUAGAGUGUUGAGGAAGAAGAGCUAAGCUUGCGUGGAGCUUAGUUCAUCAGCAUUUUAUUCUGGGUAAUAAAAAAAAUAAAAUAAAAUGGAUACCUGUUUUCCACUGCUAAAACUGAAGCACCACUGUGUGAGAGCAACAGGAGAAAGAGAAACCAACCAAGGAGAGAGGAGAGAGAGAGAGAAAAGAGAGAGAGGAGAGAGAGGAGCACGCGAGAGCCACUGCUGGAGCUGACUGAGACACGGAGCUGCGAGAGGAGCCAGAGCCUGGGCAGGAGCCCAGCCAGGAGGGCUCAGCUGAGCCCUGUCCCACCCCCAGCUCCGGAGAAGGGCCUUACCAAAGCAGGUUUCACUUCAUUCCACACUUCUCUUGGGCGAGCAGGGCGUGGGAAACGUUUCAGAGCAGAUGGGGAGAGGAAAACCCUCAUCUCAGAGUUGGGCUCCUUUCGCGAGGGGGACUAAAAAAAAAUAACAUUUUAGCAGGAGCUGUUUGUAUUUUAGAACAGAGUAUCUGAGAGAGAAAGGGAAAAUAAGAAAAAGAGAAAAUCCCUGCCUGGGUGACAGCCAGCCAAGCAGAAAUCCAGCUGUGCUCAACUCUGAGGUGCAGGUUUUGUUGUCCAACACUGGCUCUGAAAUUUGGUGUCAUCGUGUCGCCCACAUUGUGAACGAGGUGGUUUUAAAAGAGAUUCUUUCAAAAAGAGCACUGAAUUUUUUAAGAAGUUUUGUCUCUGAAUUCUUAGUGGUGGACCUGGGAGAUUUAGAUCCUUGUUCUGAGAAGCUUAUAUUACAAAAAAAACUUUAAAAAAAAAAAACAAAAAACCAAAAAAAAAAACGUUUCAAACAAAAAUUAGAGCACCAUCCUUGAGAACUUUCAGUGUGAUUUCAAGUUGCAGCAAUCAGCCUCUUCUUCCUACAUGGGAUAGCAGUGAGUGAGAGGAGCCUGCGUGCUCGAGCAGGAGGGUUUCAAAGUGUUUUCUGUCUGCUUUAAUUGGCAACUGUCUGGACUCUACUCUGUGAAAAACAGCCUUUCUGUAAAAGAUGAACUUUCUGCUUGACAGGGGACGGGUUCCUGUGCCCUUCGGCCCUGGAGGGAAGGUGCAGCCAGGCCUGCUUUGCUCCCCACGGCUUUCUGGGGAGGAGUAGUGGAAAUUGGGGAUUAUUUUGGUCGGGAAGUGAAGACUCCAAUGCAGGAUGGACAAAGCAGGCAGGUGGUGGAAGGUGGUGGCCUCAGAGAGACAGAGCUGGGUUUAAUUUGGAACAACAGGUCAGGCUUUGGGUGAUGGAGGCAGGAGAGGGACAGAGUGAGGUGUUGGAGCAAAGUUUGCAAGAGGUAGAAAAUAAUUUUGGCAAAACUUUGCUUUGUGCAAUGUGAAGUUUUGAGGCCAGCUGGGAUCAGGGCUGAGCAGAGCCCACGAGGAGGAGCCACGCUCUGAGCUGGAGCUGUGUCUGAGCACUCACAGGGGAACACUUGGGAGCUUUUUCAUUUCUGUCAGAACCUCUUUAGGAGCAGCACAGAGAGAGAAUUGAUUCCUCCAGCCCUGUUUUUAGCAGAUCCCUGAAUUGGAAUAACCUCUACCUCCCCAUUGGCAGCAGCAGCAGAGAUUGAGCAGAGCCUGGCUCAGCUCAGGCUGGAGUUUAGCUUUACACUCAAAGGGCUCCAAGUGUUUCUAGUCCUUAUUUUUGGGGGGGAAAAAUUUAAAAUACCUCUCAUCUGAAUGUACUUCAAACAGCUCAAAGCCCAUUUUUGUACCUGGGGAGGGAGGAAACCUUCUCAUUCCUGUCCCUCCUGGAUCCCUGCCCUGGUGUGGAGCCACCCCCAGCCCGGGAGGGACAAACUCCCCCAGCCCCAGGGGGGGAGAAACUGCAGAAAAAAAACACAAAAAAACUGCAAAAACCACAAAAAAAAACUCACUAAACCCAUUCUUUUCUCAUCCAAAGCCUCCAGAGUUUAGACUUCUAAAACCAGUGUGAGAAUGGAGACACAGGCCACCUUCCUUCCCCGUGGAUGGACUUGUUUUAUUUAUUAACAUUGCCGAAGGGCUUUUUAAUUUUUUUUCCUUGGUAGGCUGUGUAGUGCUGUAGAUUUUUGGGUAGGUUUAAGCUGAACCCCUCUGUGCAAAGCUAUCCAUGAGUAAUGUAGCCCCCUCCUCUCCCCUCACCCCUUAUUUCACUGCUGGGAAUGCUUGCCUCUGCUUCGUGCUGGUUUUUUUCCUUUGUAGCAGUUCAAACUC